UAUUAGAGGGCUGUUGUUUGUGUGUGAAGCUCCCGCUCGCCCAGCUUGAACCAGCACCAAGACAGCUUCACCCGCAGCUGUGUGUGGCCCAGCUUGAUGAAGCUGGAGGUGUGCUGGUGUCCCCAGGAGCAGCAGCACCUGCCACCACCACACACUAAAUCAUCGAGGGUGGAGGAUGGCGGAGGUUCAGCUGUGGGUGCGGCCGGAGGUGAUGGAGCUCGGGGUGCUGCCCAUACUUACCCCGGAUAAAGUUUCUAUCGAGAUGCUGUCACGGCUGCUGCAAUAUUCACACGAUCUGGGAGAACGUGGCUAUCCUCAAAUGAAGUACGAAACCUGGAAGCACAUUGCUGUAAAAAAGAUGGGUCUAAGUGUUGAAUGCAGUAUGGUUGUAUUUUUUUCUUGUCUUCUGUUCUCCAAACUUCGUCCUGGUCGUGACCGGGAGCUGGAGGCUUCCCUUGCAUCUGCUGCUUCACAAAAAGAGAGAGAUGAGGUUAUGGGUUGUGUGGAGGUUUGGACAAUGGAGUUGAUAAUUCUGUUGUAUCUUCACCGAGUCACCAGCGCUCAUCCUCGGGCCGUUGCCAGACAAACCUCUCUCCAGACUCUCACCACUGACCCAUGGCCAAAUAACAAUAUUUCUAGUGCUUCAGCCAGGAAACAGCUACUGGAGGAGAAACAUUCUGAAUUUGUACGAGAAGCUUUGCCAGAACUUCUAAGUUUAUUAGCAGGUCAUCUCCAGGUUGAAGACACAGAGAAAAAAAAAAAGACAAAUGACAAACGCACACCGCGGGAACUCCUGGGCUUUAUGAAGUCUGCAGGUGUUCUGUCUGUAGACGUUGUUAGAUCUCUCAGCUUUAUAAUUGGUACAUCAAUACAAGGAGAAAAAGGUGAGCACGACCUCCUGUCAUUGGCAAUGGACACCAAUAAUUGUUACAGAUCUGGUUAUCUAAGUAAGAAGAAUUCUUUCCAAAAAGGUUUAUUUGAGCAGUGGUUGUUAAGAGGACUAGACUGGGCUCCUCAUGGAGAGUGGCUGUGUGUGCGUCGCGGCAGUAGGCAGUCUUGGCCUGUGGUGUCUCUAGCAUCACAGACACACCAUCGCUUUGUGGCAUCCUCAUCUCCUGGUCAUAAACUCAUGUACAUAUGUGAGCUAGUAGAUGGCCUGACGGCACACAUGGGAGAUGAGGCUCCUCCCUGUGACCUUAAAAUACGACGCUGCUCCAAAUCCAAUAUCUACAUUCUACAGCCAGUCAGAAAUGCUGUAAUCCACAAGUGCCACGAUACUCGAAUAGUGCUAGGCCCAGUGUCGGGGCGAAUACGUUUAAGUGAAUGUCGGAAUACUACGGUAGUGUGUGCGGCGCGGUCCGUCGUGAUAGCAGAUUGUCGAGGAUUGAUCAUUCACACACUGACACCCCAGAGACCUAUAUUAGUGGGAGGUCGUACACAAGGUGUCACACUGGCACCGCUCAAUAUUCACUACCCUCGCCUCAAACACCACAUGGCUAAAGCACAACUUCAGUCUCAUAUUAAUAUGUGGAACAGACCAUUACAUUUAGAUUUGUUGACAGGCAGUGAAGGAGUUCUGGGUGGUGCGUGUGAGGUGAUGAACCCAGAGGACUUCCAGCUGCUUGUAAUUCCCUUCACUCAAACUCCUCCAAUAGAUGGCCGACCACCUCUCUUGCCUCCAGGGCUUCCUCAUGAAUUUGCAAAGAGUGUGGAGGAAGCAGGGAAGUGUGUGUCCAGUUUCCGAGCUGAAGUACGAGAUGCUGAACUGUCUCCCGAACAGCGGGCAAUUUUGCAGAAAGCUGUUGAUGCGAAGUUUAAGGCAUGGCUCCGAGAUACAGGUAAGCAACGUGAACUAGACCAGCUGGAGAAGUUAGCACUUACAUUAAAGUACGAGAGAGUGGCCAAAACUACAGCAAUUUAAAUGGGAGUCAGGUGGCACAUAUCUUCCAUAAAGCUCUCUGUUUGCAGCUAUUUGUGGCUUUACUAAAAUAAGUCACAAGAGUUUACCCACUAAUUUUAUCUUACAAAAUAUUACUAAUAAAUGAAAUACCUGCA